CUUGCUCUUUACCACAUUGCUCACCAAACUUCUCCAAGUUCUUCCUCUAGGAGACUUGGUUCUUAUUGCCUCCUUUACUUCAUUUCUACCCAGUCCCUCAUAUUUUGUCUCCAACUAUAGCCUCACAUCACUCCCCUUCUUACCAGUCUUCUGGUGGUAGGACCCUGAAAUCUUCCUAUUUAUGCUCUCUGUAAAGCCACACUCUAUCCUCAUUGGAGCAUCAGGCAGAGCCACUCUUGUUCGCCAUUCUUCCUUCCCAAUUUCCUACUCUUUAUGGCUCUCCUUCUCCCAUCACUUCUUCUCCUCUUGCUACAUUGGAGCAAUGCUCAGCCCUCCCCUGGAUACUAUCCAAGCCACGGGUUGAGCCCCCUGAGGUUUUAUCAUGGGUUUAACAACCUUUGGGGUCCUGAGCAUCAGUACGUCUCCGGAGACCAGUCCUCAGUGACAAUAUGGCUUGAUAGGAACUCGGGAAGUGGAUUUAAGUCCAAUCGCCCAUUUCGUAGUGGAUAUUUUAGUGCUUCAAUCAAGCUCCAGGCUGGCUACACUGCAGGAGUCAUCACUGCCUUCUAUCUUUCGAACAAUGAAGCACACCCCAGGUUCCAUGAUGAGGUCGAUGUCGAGUUCCUAGGGACGACACCAGGGGAGCCAUACACCCUGCAGACUAAUGUGUACAUCAGAGGGAGCGGAGAUGGAAGGAUCAUCGGUAGGGAGAUGAAGUUUCAUCUGUGGUUCGACCCAACCGCUGGAUUUCACAACUAUGCCAUACUCUGGAGUCCUAGAGAGAUCAUAUUCUAUGUAGACGAUGUACCAAUACGCCGAUAUCCGAGAAAGAGUGCGCACAUAUUUCCUCUCCGGGCGAUGUGGCUGUAUGGCUCCAUCUGGGACGCAUCGUCAUGGGCAACUGAUGACGGCAAAUACAAAGCCGACUACCGCUAUCAGCCAUUCGUCGCGAGGUUCACGAGGUUCGUCGCCCAUGGGUGCUCCGCCUACGCCUCGCCCAGCUGCCGCCCAGUGCGCUCCUCGCCAUUCGGCGUCGGGCUCAGCUCCCAGCAGUCCAUGGCCAUGCGCUGGGUCCAGAAGCAUUACAUGAUCUACAACUACUGCCUGGAUCCCAAGAGGGACCAUUCCUUGACGCCUGAGUGCUGGAACUGAUCUACUUGUUUCCUGAUACGCUUCACUCCUCUAUGGAGUAUGGGGUUGUCUAUCUCUAAAAGUAUUUUAGGGGAGGAUCCUUGCCCACUGCAUUUUUU